GAUUCCAAUCACAGACGAACCUCUUCACCGGAUGGGGCUGAAAAGCUGAAAGCCAAGGAGAGAAGGCAUAACGGAAAAAUGAUGAUACACUACUGUGUGCAAGGACCCGUUUGGAAGAACUCAACUACUAUGGCUUUCUCCCGCCGUUUCCAAACGGGUCCCUGGAAGAGCAGAGAAGCCAAUAAGCUCAAUUGCAAUGGGGAAGGCUUAAUGAGGAAGAAGGGAUGGAGAAAUGUCGUGGUGUGUCAAGGGUUCCUGUUACCGGUGGAUCCAUGGGCGCCCACUAUUGAUUCUCAGAGCAUAGCUUCUCAGCUCUUCGCUGUCUCCCUCUUCCCUUACCUCGGUUUUUUGUAUUUCAUCACCAAGUCCAAUACUGCCCCCAAGCUCACCCUCUUUGGCUUCUACUUUUUGCUUGCUUUCGUCGGCGCCACUAUUCCGGCAGGCAUUUAUGCAAAGGUGGAAUAUGGGACGUCACUAUCCAAUGUGGACUGGUUGCACGGAGGGGCUGAGUCGCUGCUUACCCUAACAAACAUAUUUAUCGUGUUGGGUCUGAGGGAUGCUCUUAGGAAGAAUAGAGAUGUGAAAGAAAUUGAAUCCAGUGGUUUUAUGAAGUCAAAAGAAGAAGAUAAUCCAAUUAUCUAAGAUAGCUAUUAUACAUCAUGGCAAGGUAGAAAAACAUUACCUUAAAAAAGCCGCUCUGUGGUUUCCUUGAUGUAUAUUGAUCGUGUUGUAUCUUAUUGUGUACGGAGUGCAAUAUAAUGGCAUCUAUCCCUUCAAAUAUUUAUGCUAAAGUCUCAGGUACAAAAGAAAGAUAUAGUUUUCAUUGUUUUUGCAGUAUUAUAGUUUUCUAUUCCUAUUAGGUGUGAAGUUCUGGAUUCCUGUUCCUACAGAGUUUAGCUGUUUAGGUUCAUUAUUUAUCUAUAAUUCUAUAUAAUCGCUGUAAUUGUCUCUAGCAAUUGAGAUGUUGUAUGUUCACAAGUCCACAGUCCUUUGAUUAAAAAGCAG